AUGCCGAUCCCCGCGGGACGGCAGCGGGACAGCGGCAACAGGUGGAACGGGGAAACGGGAGAGAGGGGAAACGGGAGAGAGGGGAAACGGGAGAGAGGGGAAACGGAGAGCGGGGAAACGGGAGAGCGGGGAAACGGAGAGCGGGACGGGAGUAGGGGGAGCGGAACAGGAGGAGCGGAGCCGCAGGACGAGCGGGGGCGGCAGCGGGGUAACCGGAGGAGCGGAGCAAAGGGGCGAUCGGAACGGCAGGAGCAGCGGGGCCGGGAGCAGCGGAGCAACAGGCGGAGCGGGACCGGGAGCAGCGGGAUCGGGAGCAGCAGGGCUGGGGGAAGCGGGACCGGGGGGAGUGAGACCGGGGGAAGCGGAACCGGGAGCAGCGGGGCGCGCAGCGAUCGGCGGAGCCGGGAGCAGCGGGACCGGGGGAAGCGGGACCGGGGGAAGCGGGACCUGGAGCAGCGAUCGGCGGGGCCGGGAGCGGCGGGCCAGGGGGAAGCGGGGCCGGGAGCGGACCUGCGGCGGGCCGGGAGCGGCGCGGGGCCGCGGGACUACGCGUCCCGGCAGGCAGCGGAGCGGGGCGGAAGGGGCAGGACCGGGACCGGGGCCGGAGCCCGGGGCCGAGGGGGGGUGAAUGGGGCCGGGAAGGGCGGGGGGAGCGCGGGCGGGGGGAGCGCGGGCGGGUGUGGUGGGUGUAACGGGGUGUGA